CUUCCAAUCCAGAGAAAAGAGCAACCCUAUGAACCCUGAUACAGUGAUACACGCUUUCACUUCGUUUAACCAAUUACGCUGUGACACAUCUUGAGAAAGUGUCACUAUUAAAUAGAGUGGUGCAGGCGAGAAUAAAUGAGCUCUAGUUUGUUACAAAACGGUACAUUUGUGUUUAGGAAGUAUUCUGAACACGAUUAAUUCCUUAAACAUGCCGAAACAAAAACGUGCUACCAGUCGCAGUACUGUUAACGCAAAAAGCCGCAGAAUCCCCGCAAAAGCAGGUGUAACGCGCUUGCGACAACCCACAAGUUGUAGAGCGGGUGCACAAGGCAAAACGCAAACAAAAGAAGAAACACAAUCCGUACCUCCUCGAGAAGACAAAAGUCCAGAGCACCAAGAUCUCAUUAAAUACACAGGAGGGUGCCACUGUGGAGCUGUUCGUUUUGAAGUCUGGGCUUCGAAAUCUCUCCAUGUUUUUGACUGCAACUGCAGCAUUUGUACGAAGAAGCAGAAUCGGCACUUCAUUGUGCCAGCAUCUAGAUUUCAUCUACUUAAGGGCGCAGAGAGUUUAACUACAUACACUUUCCAAACUCGCAUGGCUAAGCAUACUUUCUGCAAGAUCUGUGGAGUUCAGAGUUUUUACACACCUCGUUCCAACCCUGAUGGCUAUGGUGUGGCUCCUCAUUGCCUUGACAAGGGAGAAGAAGAACCUGUUAUCACCUUAGAAUAUUUCAAUGGCAAUGAAUGGGAAAGUAGCAUGGCACAACACAAAACUAUCAAGGAUAUGUCAAAACUGUGAGAUAACACUGUUUUCUCUGCAAUGAAAUGGAAUGAGUCAGCAAUUCCAAUAUUAACUGAAUGUUCACAUUAUAUGUUAAUUUACCAAGGAAUCAGUGCUCCAGUUAAAAGGACUACAAAGACAAUCUAAUUGGCUCCUUUUUUUCCCUAGAGUUCUCAUUCCUUCCAUUUAUAGAAGAUAACCAACUCACCGUGUUGAUGAAACUCUCAUUUGAAAGAACAUCAGUUGUCUGUGUAACUAAUAUUUUUGUUUCAUCCUGCAUAGUACAGUAGAGAGUUGAUUAUCUGAACUAAUUGGAACCAAGGGUAGUUCAGAUAAUCAAACAUAAUUGAAUCGGAUAAAAAACUUCUAAAAAAGUUUUUGAUUAACAUUAAACAAGAAAAUAAAAACAAAUACACUAAGUACAAAACGGUAUAGUAUAUUAUUGUAGUACAAGCUCAAAAAAUACUCACAAGCGAAUACAUACACCGUUUACAUAAUCAGUCUUUACGAUUUUUCCUGCAUGAAAACUUUGGAAGGCUGCAUUCAGAUAACUGAUGUUUCAGAUAAUCGUUGUUUGGAUAAUCGACUCUACUGUAAUAAAAAAAAAUCAUCUUUUUAACAAUUUGUGAUUAUUAA